CACAAUUUUUAAAUUGGGAAACGGCAGACAGGAUCCGGUCCCCUCAUCAUCGUCGACACGUUUUAUUUGCAGCUGUUCAUGGAAACAAUUUUUGUCAAAAAUGGCAUCUGACGGACCAUUAAAGACCCUCUUUGACAAUGCUCAGAAAAAUGAAAUUGCUGACCUCCCAUCUCCCGGCCAACCUGGCAAGGGAGCAAAGAAUAAGAAGCGUCUUUCUGUGGAGAGGAUUUACCAAAAGAAGACUCAGCUGGAGCACAUCUUGCUACGUCCAGACACUUACAUUGGAUCUACCGAGCCAGUCACACAGGCCAUGUGGGUGGUGGAUGGUGAAACACUUGUGAACAGAGAGAUCACAUUCGUUCCAGGUCUCUACAAGAUCUUUGAUGAAAUUCUUGUGAAUGCGGCCGACAAUAAGCAGAGAGAUCCUAAAAUGGACUGCAUCAAGAUUACCAUUGAUGCUGAGAAUAGCACCAUCGUUGUGUGGAACAAUGGGAAAGGUAUCCCUGUAGUUGAACACAAAGGAGAGAAAAUGUUCAUACCAGAGAUGAUUUUCGGCCAUCUGUUGACAUCCAGUAACUAUGACGACACUCAAAAGAAAGUCACAGGUGGUCGUAAUGGUUAUGGUGCAAAACUAUGUAACAUCUUCAGCAAGAAGUUCACUGUUUCCACUGCUAGCAAGGAAGACGGCAAGAAAUUCAAGCAGAGUUGGUCAGACAACAUGAACAAGAAGGGUUCAAACAAGCUUUCACCGUUUAAUGGCACUGACUACACCGAGAUCUCCUUCAGUCCUGACCUUGAAAAAUUCAAGAUGAGCUGUCUGGAUCGCGACACCAUCGCCCUUCUAACCCGCCGUGCCUACGACAUUGCAGGUUGUCUCAAGGGUGUCAAGGUCUUCCUCAAUGGCAAGAAGUUGCCUGUAAGUUACGGGAGUUUAUAUUCCAUUUGAUGUUCCUCGGAUAGGAUGUUAAUUUUAAGGGAAUGUCACCCCAUUUGCAUGUUAAAGAAGGAAGAUAUUGCUGUCUUUGCAUAAGUGUAAAUUUUAGGCCUUUAUAAAUGUCCCUUUGAUAGGAUGUUAAAUAGAGGAGAGUCACCACCUUUGCAUGUUAAGAACACACUGCAUUCAUUAUAUAAGUGUAGAUGGGAAACCCUGAUAUAUAGUGGUCCACCUGCAUACCCCCAACCAGCUUUGUUAGGAGGAAAGACCUGCAGGUUACAGUGAUUCAGGUCACUUUGUCUCCCAGUCAGAGAGGAAGCCAAAUAAAUAAUGAUAAAGACAGAUGCCACCUGUUAAGUUAUGCAAUAUCAUCACUGCCUUUUGCCCCCAGAAAUUGAUUUAGUGGAAAUAACUGAUGUUGGAGACGACUUUGCUAGAGUGGCCAAGAUCAAAUCCAUAUGUUUACCCCCUCCUAACUUUUCAGAGAGAAAUACGUGAAAUGGAGAAUUGUGAUGAGGAAUUGCUCUCUAGAAAUGUUUUAUGAUUUGUCUGUUGUCUGGGUGGGUCUUUCAUAAAACUGUAAGUUAAGCACGACUGGAGAUUCUUUCUUGUGGUAAAUGGUAUACACCAAAAUGUUCAUUGGUGCUCAGUGACGCCACUCCUCCGGUUUUACUCGGAAUUCUGAUUUUUCCCCGUUAAUAUCUGUCUUAAUUCCGUGUUUCAGACUUUUCCUGUUUUCUGUAUAAAAAAUUCGGAAUAUCCCUCCUUUUACCCCCCCCCUCUCUCUCUUGAUUGCUCUGUAUGUCGAUUGACCGGAGGAGAGAUGUAUACACGCGCGCACUGAGUCGUCACUGACCUCGGACACUGCCCCUGCCUACAAAAUAAAAUCAGGGUUUACGGAGGACACCUAGUGGCAUCCCUGGGUGAUGGUUUAGCGCGUAAGAAAAGUUGACCAGUCGUUCUUAAAGUCGCUUUUAACCCUAAGAAGACUGGGGGGGCUGAUUCAUCCCCCCCCUCGAAAUUUUCGCGAUAAAUCCCCCCCCCCCCCAGUCUUCUUAAGGCCACCGCACACCUUACGACUGUUUGUGAUCCAAUUUUGGAACAAAUCGCAUUUUGCUCAUUUUCUGAAAAAGUGAAUGGAACAUAUCAUUUUAUUUGAGGUUAAAAUUAAAGGUAUAUUGUAUGAUUGGUUGAUCUCAGACAAGGGCAAUGAAUCAAUUUUGAAAUUAUUACAUUCAUUAAAUACCUAUAUUAUUGCUCUAUUUUAUCACGGAAAAGAAACUUGCAUAACUUUUCUAUUUUCAUGAUAUUGAGGGGUAAAACAUAUAUUAUGACUUGAUCGGUUAACCGUUAUAAUGUCGAGCUUUCUUAUUGACGCCCUCUCGGGUUAAAAAAUAAAUUGAUAUUAGAACACCGUUCGAAUCAUGCAUAUUCAUUACGACUCAUGCAUAUUGAUGAAUACGUCAUGGCGCAUGCGCAGUAUCAAGAAAUCCCCGUGCAGUACAACAAAGUGCAGUACUGUGUGUGUGCAUAGUAGCUGAGUAGAAAGCAAACAGCGAACGGUGCGUGCAAGCUCAAUGAUCCGAUGCUAGCGCUCUGCAUUAGUUUCAGAUAUAAUGCACUAUUAGCGAUAGCACACACAGGAUAAGAAUAUAUCGAGCUGUAGCUCCAUCAUUGUAUCGUACGUGAAAAGGGAUUCAGACACGCUGAUUAUCUGACGUGAAUGACGAAGCAAAUGGUUGCCCGAUACGGCUUACUUUCGGAAUCUUAUGUCAUGAAUCUGAAAGUACUCCAAGACCAUGGACCUAUUACGAAUAGGUCCAUGCCAAGACUAAAAGAGAUACGAGAAUCCCAGAGAUGGGCAAGGGCCGAGUUCCGAGUUUGAUCUUUAUUCUGUGGAUUGUAGCUCUUUUAUGCACCUUUUCCCUUCAUACAUAGCUUGGCGUGCUAUAUACGGGAACUAGAGCGAGGUGCUAGCGCAGCUUACUGUAUACUGACUCCUUGGCCCUUCCCAAAGGAAAGGGGGAGGGGGGGGGGGGAGAGAGAAGAAAGAAAGAAGUGGAUUGGUGAAAGAGAAUCAGGAGAGCCAUCAUAAAUAUAACAUACCCUAAUUUUAUAUCUUUCCUAAAUGUUUCAGUCAGUUUCAGAUUAUUUGGCUCCACUCGCAAAGUACAGAGGAGAAAUUGGAAAAAAAAGUUAAAACAAAAAUAUUUAAAACUCUAAACAGACGGCCACCACCAUUCUGUCUACAGCCAAGCAUG